AUGAAACUACCUUCUGACGCUAAAAUCAACGCCUACCUCGACGCAGUCCCUGCAGCCAACCGUAUCAACUUCGUUCAACUUCCCAACGAUCAGAUUCCACUUCCUGGAUCCAACCCCAGAAAAUUCUUCCCUUUAUAUAUUGAAUCUCAUAAACCCCACGUCAAAGCAGCUGUCGCUAAGCUUCUUCACUCAGAGUCAGCCUCCGAUGACUCACCUAGACUCUCUGGGUUCGUUUUCGACAUGUUUUGGUCUCUCGGUUUGAUGUUUCACGCGCAUGCUCUUUAUGAUGAUCAGAACAUGCACACCGCUGAGUUGAAAGACUCGGAUACCGAGUUGGAAGUACCGAGUCUCAUUAACCCAAUUCCUGCUAAGGUUUUGCCUUCUACGUACUUGGAGAAAGAUUGGUCUAUGAUAGUGUUUGAGCAAGCAAGGAGGGCCCGAAGGGUUAAGGGUAUUGUUGUAAAUUCAUUCAUGGAGCUGGAGUGA